CGGGAUAUUAUUCCACCAAUUAGGGCUCGUCUCUGACUGAUGGACGCUUGAGCUGACCAAUAAGGUGGCCAUGGAGGCGGGGUUUGACGGUCUGGCCUGCUGCUGUAGCGUUGGGUCUGAUUAGUGAAGCGUCUGGUGAAGAGACGAGACAUGGCGGAGAGUGACUGGGAUACGGUGACCGUGCUGAGGAAGAAGGGCCCGACCGCCGCGCAGGCCAAGUCCAAGCAGGCUGUUAUUGCAGCUCAGAGACGAGGAGAAGAAUUGGAGACUUCCAAAAAAUGGUCGGCAGGACAGAACAAGCAGCACGUCAUCACAAAGAACACAGCCAAGCUGGACAGAGAAACGGAAGAGCUGCAUCACGACAGGGUGUCCCUGGAAGUGGGCAAAGUCAUUCAGCAGGGCCGCCAGGCCACCGGCCUCACACAGAAGGACCUGGCCACGAAAAUAAAUGAGAAACCUCAAGUGAUCGCCGAUUAUGAGAGCGGAAAAGCCAUUCCAAGCAACCAAGUCUUGGGGAAGUUGGAGAGAGCGAUCGGUCUCAAGCUUCGGGGAAGGGAUAUUGGCAAACCCCUCGAUGCGGUUCCCAAAAAAAAAUGAAAAUAAAGCCUCGAAAUCAGUUCUCCCCAAACUGAUCCUGACCGGUCUCUCUCUCUCGUCUGAGCAGACCGGCGCUCUACUUUUGCCAAGCAGAACACGUGGGGGUUAUUGGACUAUAUAAACUAGAUGGGACAGAAUGAGAAUAGUCGUCUUACCUGCUGGAAAUAAUAAGAAUCAUUAGCGCAUUUCUUCCAGGUCCUGAAAGAACGAACCGCAAGCUUCCUGCCAAGAGCAGCACUUUACCACCUACGGGGGGGGGGGGGGGGGGGCGGGAGCCGGAUUUGCUCGCAGUUCACUUUGGGGUCAUCUUAAUUUCUCCCACGUACAGAUGGGUUGCUUUUUGUUCAUUUUUUGGGGUGUUAUUUUUUUUUUCAGCAGAUGGGAGGCUCUGCCCCUCCAUUUAUAAGUUCUCACAUCCUUUCUUGUAUGUCAUUGUAAAAUAAAAUUCUCUUCCUUCACCCGAA